CUGUACGAGGUUUUUUAGGACCUGUACGAGGUUUCUUAGGACCUGUACGAGGUUUCUUAGGACCUGUACGAGGUUUCUUAGGACCUAUAUGAGGUUUUUUUAGGACCUGUAUGAGGUUUUUUAGGACCUGUACGAGGUUUGUUUUAGGACCUGUAUAAGGUUUUUUAGGACCUGUACGAGGUUUUUUAGGACCUGUACGAGGUUUUUUUAGGACCUGUAUGAGGUUUUUUAAGGACCUGUACGAGGUUUUUUUAGGACCUGUAUGAGGUUUUUUUAGGACCUGUAUGAGGUUUUUUUAGGACCUGUAUGAGGUUUUUUAGGACCUGUACGAGGUUUUUUAGGACCUGUUUGUGUCUUGUUUUAGGACCUGUAUGAGGUUUUUUAGGACCUGUAUGAGGUUUUUUAGGACCUGUACGAGGUUUGUUUGUCAGGUAGCAGAGCAGCUCAUCAACCCGUUUGGAGAAGAUGACGAUGACUUCGAGGCGAACUGGAUCAUCGACAGGAACCUGCAGGUGUCUCUGCUGGCUGUGGAUGAGAUGCACAUGAAUCUUCCUCACAUGACCAAAGACAUGUACUGGAACGACAGCGACGCUCGCCCGCCCUACACUUUAGCUGCUGCAGACUACUGCAUCGCCUCCUUCCUCGGCUCCACCACCGACAUGGGCCUGUCUGACAUCCUGCAGUUUGAUGAAGCUGAAGUUUCUGACUCUCAGAGACGGGACUCUAUUUUAACUCGACGCCAAGAGUCG